AUGUCGGAAGAGGUAAAGAAGAGAAUGGAAAAUAUUAGGAGGAAGAAGAGGAAAACAUUACCAUCAUCCAAUUUGCAAAUUAUUGAAUAUUUGGUGAAUGAAGAAUUAUUUCUAAAACAUGUGAUGAAUGUGGAGAGUAUUGGAAAACAAAUGGUGGAUAUUCAUAUUACAAGUAAUCAUCAAUUACGGAAUUGUGAAAAUAAUAACAAUAAUUUGAAUCUAGUAAAUAGUCCUUCGUCAAAUAUUGAAAAUAACAUAAUGAUGAUGGAAGAACAAGUGAAAAUUGAUAUGGCUGACAGUGUCAUCGAACAUUCCUGUUCUGCAACUGAUGAAGCCUAUUUUUUAAAUAUUUGGAUAGGAGUUUCACAAUUAGAAUAUCCUUGUAAAAAGUUAAUUACCAAUACUUUGUUUAGAGGGAAUUUAAUAGGAGUCAAUCAUCCUUUUAUUAUUAUUGGACCUUACAAGAUAGAUUGGAACGAUUCAAGUUUUGUCAAAUUAAAAUGUGACAUGUUUAGAGCUGCAUCCGCUGUAAUGUGUUACCAAUAUCAUACAAUUAGAGGCAGAGAAAAUGUAAAGAAUGCAAUCACAACUAUUGCAACAGUGUGUACUUAUUGGAACAGCUACAAACAAUUUGCCAAGCUCUCCUGUAAUUGUCAUCACUUUAUCAAGUAUUUAUUGAAAGAGUUGAGUAUUGAAGAUGAUUUCACUCAAACACAUCCAACUCUUGUCUAUAUUCUCGAUAGGAUGAAAUUGGUAAAGCAUGAAAGAAUUAUACCAUGGAAAUUUCAAUCAGAUAAUGGUGCACGAAUGGAUUUCAUCAAAACAGUUAAAGAUAAUGGUAUUGUAGUAUCUUGUACUCCAAACCAAGAAUAUUUAGAAUUCAUUGUAAACAAUCUGAACCAAUUGAAAUUACUACACAACCUAUUUGAUUCCCAUAAGAAAUCCACAACCUUUGAAACAGAAGAACUCGAGCACGUUAAUGAAAUUGAUUGUUGCAUUGAUUCCUAUCUAAGAGGGUAUCAGCUCAGAAACCAAACCAUGAAGCCAUUGGAUUAUUCUCAAAUUAAUCAAUUUACUUCUCAGUCUCAACAAUUGGAAUAUCCUCUAUUGAAUGGCUUUUUUGAUUGGUAA